GCUUAUUUAAAGAUCAAGGAAGGUUCAUAAAAUUACAAAAUUACAAAUGGCUUCCGUUUCCAAGUUUCGGCUGCCGUAAUUUACUCUUGGCAUGGUUUUUUGAAUCGAGACCAAUUAGUCGAGACGAACGUGUUCGAUCGAAUUGUUAGAUAUUGAAUUUUUCCUACAAUCAUGGGCAUACAAGACCUACAAACAUUUUUAGAAAAUGAAGGUGUAGGUGUCGAUUUAUUUAGAAUCGCUAGAAAUCAUGCUGGUGGUUUUCGAUUAGUUCUUGACGCAGAAGGAUGCCUAGAUCGUCUUUACGGAGGGUACUUUUCAGAUUGGGCUUGUGGGGGUCAGUGGGCAAGAUGCGUGCAGUUUUUGACAACAUUAUCCCAAGCUCUUGCAGAACAUCAGGUGGCUCUGUGUGUAUGUUUUAAUGGAUCACAUCCCACCCCACCAGCAGUACCGCAGCAAUGGAUCCAAACACAGAGCACAUAUAGGCAGAGGGUUAACUCUGUAUUGCGGCAUAUAGUCACAAAGGGAACACCUCCUCCUAAAGUUUGGUGGGUCCCCCCAACUGGGCUCCACUCAUGCCUCAGGACUGCUCUACGAUAUCUUAAUAUACCUGUUAUGGUGUCUUCAGAUGACCAUUGUCAAGAGGUAGUUGGUCUAUGCAGAGAGAAAACCUAUGCCGGUCUUGUAGGUUGUUCUGGUGAAUAUUUAGUUUUUCAACCACCAAGAUAUUUUAGUUCAUCCCAACUGAAGCUUACAUAUAGGUCAUCAUUGGAAACAAAAGAGUAUAUGGUGCAUGAAUUGCCAAAGGUUUUAGAUGUACCACAGGACAGAUUGUGUCUUAUGGCAGCUUUACUUGGAGGCACCAUUUUAUCUGAGCAGAGCCUUCAAGAUUUUUAUAAACGUUUGGGUAUCUCCCAAAAGAAGCAACAAGUUCCACCGGAAACACUUAUCAAAGCCAUUUGUCAGUUUGUUCGGGAAUUACCUUCAGCGGAUGUAGAUGCUGCCUGCAUUGAAAUAUUUGGUGAUCUUAAUGAUCUCCGUGCUGCUAAACUGAAACAGGCCGUUCAGUAUUAUCUCAAUGGAACUAAAGAUGGUUUCUUAAAAUAUAGAACAGCUUCUGGUCGUCGCCCUAAAUCUAACAAAAAGAAUAACAAGCCUGAGAUGAGCCCUCCAUCGACAUCUGGUGACAUGGACACAACUCGUCUGGCCACUGAGACAUCGGAAAAUGAGCAAAAAGGCUUGGAAGAUUACAAACUGGCAACCGCGAAUGCUUCAAUAAAUGCCGACUUUAGUAUGGAGGAGAGCAAUGAUGUGAGCCAUGGUAUGGCUUCGAUGACACUUGAUGGUGAUGGAACAUCUAAACAACAGUCCGCUAAACCUGGCGACAGAAAUGAUCAGGCUGCGUCCAAGGAGGUGGCAGUGUGCGGGAGUAAGAUAGUCCAGAGUGAUGACAACUGCCCCCCAGCACCGGCCGAGGUGCUGCGGACGUGUGCGGAGCGGCACACGCGGGGCCUGAUGCACCCCCAGAUGCUGUCCAUACUGACACACCGACAGAUCACCCUGCCCGUGCUCAUGGAGGACGACAACCACCGCGAGAUACCAUCUAUACAUCAUUUCUUUAGACCCAUCCGCCAGAAUGUUUAUGCUAUCCUAUAUAAUAUGCACCAUCAUCGCUUCAUGGCGCAGAAAGCUAAAGAGGAGGGAUCAACAAGUGCCGGUAGCAACGAGAGGCCAUGCCAGGUGCAGGUGUCGGAGUGGAUCUACUCGCGCGUGAACCCCGGCAAGGCGGCCGAGCUGGUGCCCGGCGUCAUCCUCGACUGGCCAGUGCCCACUGUGCAGAGGCUCUGGUUCGGAACUGCUCAAGAUGACAAAUGUCGCCGCAUGCGCGCGUUCCUGUCCUGCAUGCGAUCUGACACUCCGCUCAUGUUAAACACAUCCUAUGUGCCACAACAUUUACUGAUAUUAGCCACCGUCUUAAGGUUCAUCAUGACAUCCCAGAUUCAAAUUCUGCGCCGCCAGGAACUUGAUGCAUUCUUGGCAACAGCUUUUUCAAAUGAUCUCAUGAACGCUCUACAUUUGCAAGAAAUGGCAGUAAACGGCAUAAGUUCCCGCGGUGUGCAGCUGAGCGCGCUGGUAAUGGCGGGCGCGGAGGCUGCGCUGCUGGCUAACGAUGCGUGCGGCGCACCCGUGCCCUGGCUAGUUGCCGCGCCCUGGCUCUACUUCGACGGCAAGCUGCUGCAGCGCAAUCUGCACCGCGCCGCGCACUGCAAGCACCUCGCUCAGCUCUGCGACAACCACCUCGACACCGUCGUCAAGGUGGAGAGAAUGCGCAAGGCGAUACUGGAGGGUCUGGAGGUGGAGUUUGCGCUGCCUCCGCUGCCGCUGGUGGCGGGAGUAGUUGGCGGUGCGCUGGGCGGCUCCUUGGGCGGCCAGCUAGGCGGAUGGGGGCGUGGUCGCGGCCGCGGUGCCGGAGCACGUCUCGAAAUCGCCGGCGUCGUCGUCGGACAGUGGGGCGGCGGCAGCUACCCCUCGCGCACGCAGAGAUACCCACAGCAGGUGAGCUACGUGGGGUACACGCCGCCGCCGCGCAACGCGUACGGCGGGCGCGGGUGGCGGGGCGCGCGCGGCGGGCGGGGCGGGCGCGGGACUCGCGGGGCGCGCGGCGCGGGGCGGGGCGCUCGACGCACUCGCCGCGAACACGACGAGCCCCUGCGCCCCGCCACCAUCACUGUUAACGGGUAA